UUCACAAAUCAAAACAAAAGUUGCCGAACUAUGAUAAAUAGUACUGUAGCGAGCUUGAUUAUUAUCAAUGUGAACAUGUGUGAGCGACAGACUGAUACGUAUCACACUGACCUUCAGUAGAUUGUUAGAAACAGCGUUAUAAUGUUCCAGAUGAAAUAGGAAGAAAAAUCACGUGACAUUUAGCGUUUAAAAGGCAAUUACUUCCUUGUUUGGAUGGUAGUGUAGCCUCGCUAACGUUAGCAGGUCAAGUUUAACAAUGUGUCAGAAGAUAUGUUUGUGUUUUUUCACUAUUUUAGGAUCAUUGUAUGCCUAUGGUGGUAGGUUCCAAUUUGCCUCCUAUUAUGGCGAUCACAUGGUUCUGCAGAAGGCCCCAGAAAGGGCUGUGUUGUGGGGCUAUGGACCCGAUGAUGCCGAGGUCACAGUCUUUCUAUCAGGAGGACCAGUCACUAACAAUACACCUACUGUCAGUGUGGCUGCCGGGAUAUGGAGGGUAACCCUUGUCCCAAUGGAAGCUGGCGGUCCCUACAAUGUGACUGCAGUCCUCCAGAACAACCACAGUAUCACUCUCACAGACGUGCUAUUUGGGGAUGUCUGGCUGUGUGGGGGACAGAGCAACAUGGCUUUCACAACUUCUCAGGUGUUCAAUGCAUCAGAGGAGCUAGCUCUGGCCUCCAAGUUCCCUCAGGUGCGGAUCUUUAUGGCUGCCUUGGAGCAGAGCGACACUGAGCUGACUGACCUGGCUGGAGUGGAGGUGCCCUGGUCUGUCCCCACAGCAGAGUUGUUGGGUGGUGGGGAUUUCAAGCACUACUCUGCAGUGUGCUGGAUGUUUGGGCGCCACUUGUACAAGGCGCUGAAGUACCCCAUCGGCCUAGUGACGUCCUGCUGGGGAGGCACACCUGUAGAGACAUGGUCCUCCCCACGAGCACUCCAACACUGUGACCUGGACAGGAUUAACGGGUUCCCCAUGCCAUUUACACCUUCAAUGUAUUUGUCUGUGUGGACUAACUCUUUGUUGUGGAAUGCCAUGAUCCAUCCACUUCUCAACAUGACCAUCAAAGGAGCUAUCUGGUACCAAGGUGAGUCCAACACAGACUACCAUCAGAAGAAAUACUCCUGUUCCUUUCCCUCCAUGAUUGAUGACUGGAGGAUGGCUUUCCACCAGAGCUCAGGGGGACAGACUGCACCAGAUUUCCCCUUUGGAUUUGUACAGGUCUCUACGUCUAGAAAGGCUUCCUUAAGUGAGGGAUUUCCAAACAUACGCUGGCACCAGACUGCAGACUAUGGCUUUGCUCCCAACCUGCGUAUGAAGAACACAUUCAUGGCUGUUGCUAUGGACUUAGGAGAUGAAAUGUCUCCUUUUGGCAGUAUCCAUCCCCGGGAUAAGCAGGACGUGGCCUAUAGACUGUCUCUAGGGGCGAGAGCUGUGGCUUAUGGGGAGGAGGGCGUCUCAUUCCAGGGGCCUUUCCCUAAACGGGUCCUGGUCAACGACCAGUAUAUCAAUGUAACCUAUGACCAGAGAGUGUCUGUCACUCAAUCCAAAGAUAUAUUUCAGAUUUGCUGCUCAGUGGUGAGGGCACCCUGUGACUCUCUGUCACUGUGGGUCCCAGCUCCCAUAAUGCAGUGGGGCCUUAGCGCCAUCCAAGUGUCCACGAAUUACUGUUCCCUGAACAAUGUAGCCGGCCUGCGCUACGCAUGGAGGGACUGGCCUUGUGACUUUAAGGCAUGUCCUGUUUACAGUGCUGAUGGGGUUCUACCUGCACCUCCCUUCACUCUCAACCGCUGGCCGGACAAGCAGUGAGACGAGAACCCCCCCUCUGCUAGGAAUCGAUUAUUCCACCCAAUAAUGGUGUGGUGGUUAACAAGAUGCACUUGUGUCAAGACUGGAAAUUACUGAAAUUAAACUGAUUGCAGUCUUUCGGUGUGUUUCUUUGAAUUGUCUUGAACAUAAUUUAUCUACAAAAAACAAUCACCUCUUUGGCUUGUUUACAAUUGCACUGAAGCUGAAUCGUUCUAUAAUUUUUCAUAUUGCAUUCUAUGUUUAUUUACGCAGUGGGAAAUGUGUUUUGAAUGAUACAAUAUGAACAAUCACUGUUGCCUUGUUGAAUGAUACAAUAUGAACAAUCACUGUUGCCUUGUUGAAUGAUACAAUAUGAACAAUCACUGUUGCCUUGUUGAAUGAUACAAUAUGAACAAUCACUGUUGCCUUGUUGAAUGAUACAAUAUGAACAAUCACUAUUGCCUUGCCUUGUUUCAUUCUAUCAUUGAUCAUCAAAUAAAUAAACAAGUUAGUGGGGUUUUUAUUGAAA